AUGAAGGCCCUUGGAAUCUUUGAAGAUGUGGAGUUGGUACUCAAGAACAUGCACUUGGGGAGGUUCUUCUCUCAUCACAUGGAAUCAUACAAGGAGCUCACUUGCAGUUGGAGAUCUUGUUUGGUUCAACUAUGGAGAGGGACUCAAUGGGACUUCAAGGAAAGAAGCUCCAAAGUUUGGGCUACAAUCGCUGAGGAGAGUACUCUUCCUCAAGGUCUAAGGCUGCUCAAAUCAGGAGCCCAGUGCUUGAGACCACGGCCUACAACACUCGACAUCAACAAGGAAGGCGCUAAGUGUUGGAGGGCUCAUCACCCUAUCUUGUGUGCUGCUGGAGUGAACCCAACUGAUAAGAAGGCACUGAGCCAGGUUGGAUGGACAUCAAGUUUUGCAAGACCAACCUCCUCAUUGAGCACAAGGAGUGAUGGGAGGUUCCAAUUCAAGUUCACACACCCCACGGCUGGCCCUUCCAAGCUCUCCUGCCCAACCCAGAGCUCACCACAGUAG